AGGAGCAGAAACUCUCGAAGGAAAUAGUUUUACCACUUCCGUCUCAAUCCUAUUUUUUUUCUUCUUAAAUCGCAAACUUUGAACUUCUCUUGUUUUUACCUCUCUUCGUUAGAGAGGUCGAGCUCGUAGUUCGCGUGCGUUUAAUAACGAUGGCUAUUGUUUUUCUUCAUUGUAAUGGGCAAGUGAUUCAUGCUAUUAACAUUAGGUGUUGUCUUAUCAGCAGCCUUUUUUGGAUGAAUAAAAAUGACCUUACCAGUUGGUCGUAAGCGCGGCUCCUCCGUCAGUUUUACCCGCGCCAAGGACGACAUCAAUGAUGUUACGGACGAGAUUCAUAUCUCACUGGCUCCGUACAUCCAAACUUAUUUGGCUCACAGUGGCCAAGGUCUUGGUUGCUGCGGAAUUGGAUUACCAGUACCUUUUGAGAGAGCUGCACCUAGAUCCUGGUGGAAUCCCAAAUUCGAUUCAGAGAUCUUGGAGGGACAGUUCAAGUGUAGCGCUUUCCCACAGAUAAGACUACGCUUUAGGUACGCGCUUACAUACAUUUUGCUGAUAUCAGUUUCUUGGUUGGCUUACUUUGUUAUCUUUGGAAUUGAAAGUGAAAGUCAAUUUUGGCCAGCUAUAGCAAUUAUGUUUACUACUGUUGGUGUAGUGGUAUCAGUUAUUCUUUACAUCACGUACACGGAUCAUUAUAGAACUUUUGUGUUACCUAUAUCUGUUGGAGUUGCUUUAGUACUUUGUUUUUUAUCGAUAAUAUUUCUGGUGUUUGUACCACCUUAUACUGCUGGCUUAACAUUAGUCGGACACUUUGCAUUAUGCUCGGAAAUUUUAUUGCUUAUAUAUACAGUCUUACCGAUGCCAUUAUAUAUGUGCGUGAUAAUAUGUACAAUGUAUUCGUUUCUCUUUGAAUUUCUCACUGCUUACCUCUAUGGCACUGAAACUGCUAGGGCCGAGUACUUCACUGGAAAAAUAAAAACAUUAAAUACGACAACGGAUUUAUUAAACGAACGGCAUAAUUUUACGUCAGAUCAACAAAAUACCUCUUUAAAAAGUUCAGACAGUGUAUGGAAGAUAAAGGGUGUCUUGAAUGAAAUAAAUUUGAUUAUCAACAGUACAUCCAGUAAGAUUCCUGGAGUUUUACCUGUAAUGGUAUUGAAUUUAGAUGACAAGCAUAAUCUAUUGAAUGCUAGUGAAAACUUUAACACAAUCAAUAUGUCGCUCAGCACACAGGAAGACAUUAAUUUUGCAUUGAUUUUAUCCAUUCGCAUCCUAAUGCAAAUAUGCAUACACUUGAUCGGCGUUCAUAUCUUAAUAAUGACUUUUGUGCGUAUGCGCGGCACUUUCAUGAAGGUUGGUCAGUCAUUACUGGUGCGUCGGCAGCUUGAGAUGGAGAAACAACUGAAGGAAAAGAUGAUACAUUCCGUGAUGCCGCCUAAGGUUGCCGAUUGGUUAAUGGAGGAGAGCGAAAGAGAGCGAGAGAGAGAAGACUCGUUAAAGAAAGGCUCAAUACCGUCCAAUAAUACUGACAUUCGUUCGCUCUUUCGUCCUUUCAAUAUGCACUCGAUGGAUGAUGUCAGUAUACUCUUUGCAGAUAUUGUUGGUUUCACUAAAAUGAGUAGUAAUAAAACUGCGGAAGAACUUGUUGGAAUACUUAAUGAUUUGUUCGAGAGGUUUGACGAAUUGUGCGAGCAGAAUGGCUGUGAAAAGAUUUCAACCCUGGGCGAUUGCUAUUAUUGCGUCAGUGGUUGCCCAGAACCUAGACCUGAUCAUGCCAAGUGCUGCGUGGAAAUGGGCUUAGCGAUGAUCGAAGCGAUAAAGCAAUUCGACAUUGAAAGACGAGAAGGAGUAAAUAUGCGUGUUGGUGUGCAUACGGGCACUGUUUUGUGUGGAAUCGUUGGCACAAAACGAUUCAAAUUCGACGUUUGGUCCAACGAUGUUACUUUUGCCAACAAAUUAGAAAGUACUGGCAAGCCAGGAAGGGUUCAUAUAAGCGAGAAAACCUUGAGUUUUCUGAGCGAUCAAUAUCUCACAGAAGAUGGAGAACUUGUGAAUGGUAUAAAGACGUAUUUCAUAAAGACCCGUAAGGCGGACUUUGUAUCUCAGUUCAUGAAAAACGUAAGCUCUCCAACAAGCAUAUCACCUGUUCUUCACGCUCGGCAUCGGCUGGCCUCCUGCAGCAAUCAAACGAAACCGCGACCUCACUAUCUGUACAUGGUAACUAACGCGAGCAGCUACCGAAUGAAGGCUAACUCCCUUCCAAGUAUUCUGGAUUCGGACAACGAAGCGGAUAGUAAUGACGGCAAGGACGACACCAACAAGUCUCCUACUUCGACUGCGAGUUACGGCAAGAAAAAGAGCAAUCGAAGCAGACCCUGGAAGUAUUUGCAACGGCAGAGAACAACCGAGGAGAUGACACCCUUGGACACGGAAGUUAAAAAAAGCGGAAUCGUUGUGGAGGCGAAUCAGGGACUAAUUGCCACGGUCGCCAAUGCUGAUAGCAAUGGAUUUCAAAAGACUACUGUUAAUAAUGGUAUAGAGAUAGAUUUUAAUGCAAUGCCUUCAAGCCCAUUACUUCCUGGACAAGAUACAUUAAGUCACACAUCUUCAAUAUGUAGUCGAAAAGACUCUGGAAUUCGCAGCAAUAGUAGACGUAGCAGUAUACAGCAACAAUUAUUUUUAAUGAAUGGAAUGGCUCAAGGUGAUUUAUUGGGACCAAGAGUGAGUGGUUAUUAUACAUCAAAUUCUACGCUUAAUUCUACUCAAGAACAUUCAUCUUCUAUUCCACCAUAUCCAUUCCCUCCAGCUGUAACUGAUACAUUUGGUGCAUGUUUUCAUAAGCUUAGAAAACAAUCUGACCUACAACUUAUCAGAUGCGUGCAAGACAAUGUUUCGUCACAACGUUCGUACUUUGUUAAACCACCCUUAUCGAGUGUCACACUUUUCUUCAAAAAUAAAGAAAUGGAAAAAGAGUAUCGUGAAAAUGCUCACAAAGCCUCAGAGAGCAUUGGUGGCAAUCCACCGACCUUAGCCACCUCACGUUUUAAUACUUAUUUAGAUAUUCUUAUCUCGGCUCUCGUUUAUACAAAUAUAACGGUAUCAUUGUUUCUGCUAUGCAAACCCACUACCCACUACUUUGUUUUCUUUGGAAUAGCCACUCUUGUACAAAUAUUUGCAGUAACAUUGUGUAUUCGUCAACUAUUUGAUCCAAAUGCGAUGCACGUCACUUUUGCCCAUAACAUCUUUAAAUUUUUCUCAAAGUGGUAUCCGUGGCAUGUAUGUGGAGCCAUUCUUGUUGGCCUGCCCAUCGUCUCCAUCCUCAUGAAUUUUACUUGCAAUAGCUUGCAUUCGAACCUUAAACAUUUCGAAUAUUACUACAGCUAUCUCGUCGUCGUUGGAUUAGUUCAUUUUUGCAAUUUUACUCAACUUAACUGUUGGAUGAAGAAUCUGCUUGUCACUAUUGCAGGGAUAUUUUUUAUUUACUUAUUCAUGAAUCAUGUCUCAUAUAACCAGCAUACAAUAGUUACACUACAACCAAAUAUUUUCAAGGAAUUAAAUAUCAAAUUGGGCAACACUUCUUCGACAAUAGAUCGUCCAUUACUUCCAAUUUCACCUCUGAGUGCGGAUAAUUUUCCGUCCUCAAAUAACGUAAAACCAAUGCCGUCCGAAGUUUCCAAUAACGAAGACAACAAAUUACCAAAGAUAACUGACUCUCAGAGUGAAAAGUCACGCAAGUACAACGAGCGGCUCUACACGUCGGAAGUUUUUCUUGAUUUUGGCUUGUUACUGUUGCUCGUUUGGUUCUUAAACCGUGAAUUCGAGAUCAGUUACAGAUUGAGUUUCCAUGGUAAUGCUGUGGCAGCCCGUGACAAGAGCCGCGUUCAGUCGAUGAAGAACCAGGCCGAUUGGUUGUUGCAUAAUAUCAUACCAAAGUACGUUGCCGAUCAGCUCAAAACUACCGCCAAGUACUCGCAAAACCACAAGGCAGUUGGUAUCAUAUUCGCCAGUAUCGUAAAUUUUAACGAACUUUACGAUGAAUCGUAUCUCAGGGGAAAAGAGUAUCUGCGAGUACUCAAUGAACUAAUCGGAGACUUCGACGAGUUAUUAGAGAAACAAGACUAUUCUAACGUUGAGAAGAUUAAAACGAUCGGCAGUACUUUCAUGGCAGCGAGUGGCUUAAAUCCUCAGGUUAGGCAGCAAAGUGAGCACGAGUACACGCAUAUCUAUCAACUUCUUGACUUCGCGAUAGCUAUGCACAAGGUCAUCUACGAUUUCAACCAAGAUCUUCUCGGCUUUAAACUGAUUUUACGCGUAGGUUUUAAUUAUGGUGACGUGACUGCCGGUGUAAUAGGCGCCACCAAGCUUUAUUAUGAUAUAUGGGGUGAUGCUGUCAAUAUUGCAUCGAGGAUGGACUCGACAGGCGUUGCUGGAGAGAUUCAGUUCGCUAGCAACUGUCUGGACGUGAUUUCUGAUAGAUACAAUUAUGAGCCCCGCGGGCAAGUGUACGUGAAAGGCAAAGACAACAUGAAUGCGUUUCUAUUAAAGGGUAAGAAGAGUUGAGUCGAUUAUAUCUGCCAGGCUUGAUUUACUCAUAGUGGCAAAUGAAAAUGAACACUCGAAACAUCGAGAUCUUUCGAAAUUAGGCUGAACUAUUAUGUAGAUUUAUAUGAAAGAAAAAUCGAAAGGCCCAAAAUGGACGUUGGGACGGACGACGGUUGGAAAAUGAAUUUUCCGAAACA